GGCGCGUGCAUCCACCUUUGGCGACAGUUUCUUUUCUUUGGCGGCACUUCUUGAGUUUCAAAAUUGUUUUCGCCCAUAUAAAAAUUUCGACAUAAGUGAUCGAUCAAAAUUAAGUGCAGUGUUAUCAGUUUUGUGAAUGAUUUUGCAAGUGAUCAAGUGUGAGUGUAAAUUGAGUGCCAAUGCUAAUGUUUAAUUGUGAUUCAUAAUAAUAAUUUUAAAAAAGGGUUUUGGUUUCAAAUGGAAUGGAUUAUAGAUAGCUGCUAAGAAAUCAAUUUUUUUCGUAGACACAUCAAUGGAGCAUUGACGACGUUUCAGAAGAAGGUAAAUUUCGAAGUCAAGAGACAAGUGUGAAAAUGUCGGAUAUCUCCGAAUUGGGUUUGGUGAAGAGCACAGUGAAUCGACUAAAAGAUCAAUAUUCAGGGCAGUCGACGAAGAGAGAAAUCCAUUGAAGUGCUUUAGUACAUCUUAUACUUCCUACCUGCUUCAAGCUCAGUUCCCUUAUUUAUUUUUUUGUCUUUGAUCGAAUACUCGAUCGUGCAUUAGUGAUCGCGAAGGCCCGCUCAUGCUUUUGAUGUGUUCAAGCACAUACUAUAUAGUGUUCCGUAUCGACGAUAUUAGGAACAUCACCUGGCUUCGAUUCGAGAUGCAACUCACGUCACCGUUUGUGUUUCUGUCAAGUUUGCUGACGCUGCUCACGACAACGCCCUGCUUCGCCGCCGGAAGUGAUGGUACCCCUGAGUUCCAGAACAAUGUGCCGAUGCGAUUGGUGUGGGCAGCAGAAGGGGAUGAGAUAGAACUUCCUUGUGAUAUUACACCUCCAAUGCCAGGAGACAGCGUCAGCAUGAUAUUAUGGUUUAAAGAUAGCGACGGAAUACCCCUUUACAGUGUGGAUGCGAGAAAAGGCGAUGUACGAAGUGCUGUUCAUUGGGCGGUCACCAAUGAACUCGGGCAGAGGACUCAUUUCCAGGUUGCCGAUGGGCAUCGAGCCAGGCUAAAGGUCAACAAUGUUAAAUUCAAUGAUCAAGGAGUAUUCAGGUGCAGAGUGGACUUCGUAAAUUCGCCAACUAGGAAUUUUCGAGUAAAUCUCACCCUCGUUGAACAACCUUCCAAACCAACAAUUUAUGAUGCACGAGGCAAAGAGGUUAAAGGAGUCAGUGGUCCAUUCCUAGAGGGUUAUGAUCUCCUCUUGACUUGCCAAGUGUCUGGAGGGCGACCUAAACCCACCGUAAGUUGGUGGCAAGAUGGAAAGCUUUUGGACGGCGUCAUGGAUACUCCAAAAGUGGAUGGCUCUUCGUCGAAGUUCACGGUAAACCAAUUAUUUCUCGGCAAAGUAACAAGAUCGUUGUGGGGAACGAAGCUGGAAUGCAGAGCUCAGUCGGGACAAAUGGGCAAGCCAGUUGUGAAGGAAGUUCCACUCGACAUAUACCUGAAACCAGCAGUAGUGAAGAUCUUCCUUAGCGAAGAUCAGAUUUUCGCUGGACGCGAAUUGACUGCUAGGUGCGAAACAUGGGGAAGUUCACCAGCAGCAAGAAUCGUUUGGCGGCUAGGUGGUGAUGAAAUCGGAGGUUCUAAUACAUUAACUACCCAGAGAAGUAAUUCUACAGUAAGCAAAAUCAGUUUGGUUCUCGGUAAGACUCACGACGGAAGAGAACUGACCUGUAGAGCUGAAAAUCCCAGAUUUCCCGGUGGAGUCCUUGAGGAAACGAGAAUAGUGCGCGUUCUCUACCCUCCAGUUGCCGUAGCCCACCUGGCCGCGGGUUACUUCCUGGACACCCUCAGGGAAGGGGACGAUCUAAAAUUGGCUUGCGACGUCCAAAGCAACCCCCCGCCGACUAGCAUCAUAUGGUAUCAAGACAUACCACCUAUAGGAAAUGACAUAGGAUCCUGUAUACGUUCCUGGAUGGGACCUAUCCAGGUGCGCAGUAGUAUUCCAGAAGCACCUGGAGACAUGCGUAGUAUUAGAUACCUUUUUAGGGAAGAUGCACCAAGGUGCAGAAAGGGCUACGAGAGACUGGAUAUCACUGUUUUGCGUGGUGAAACAGUAAAACUUCGUUGUGAAGUGGAGGCCGAUCCGGAUGACGGCGUGAGGUUUUCAUGGACAUACAAUAGCACACGAGGGGAUAUCCUGCCAAUACGAAAUCCUCGUGUGAUUUCUCCAAACGAAGGACUCAUGAGUAUUCUAGACUACAAGCUAGACACUGAUAGUGAUUUCGGGACACUGGCAUGUUGGGCAAUUAACAGUGUUGGGAGGCAAAGAACGCCAUGUAUAUUCAACGUCGCUCUUCCCAAACCGCCUCAACCACCAAUAGACUGUUCUCUGCACAACGAAACGAGUGCUUUAGAGGUUAACUGCAUUCCUGGAUCCGAUGGUGGUUUGCCUCAACACUUUCUUCUUGAGGUCCGAAGUCCUCUCAUAAAUAAUGGACUACUUCAAACACGACAAAUCCUUCAAACUCCUCAAAGCGAUCAGGCAUCUGGUGGGGAAGUACCUCCGAUUUAUCAGGAGAGAAAUCCAGAACCCAUUUUCCAGUUGCAUGAUCUAGUGCCAGGAAUUGACUAUACGGUAUCAGUCUAUGCUGAAAACAAACAAGGACGAAGUGAACCAAUUUUGCUAGAAAACAUCAGAGUAGUUGAACCCAUAGGUAGCAAGCUCGGCAGUGAUGGAAUCUUUCUGAAAGACUUAAAAAGCGUGCUUCCGGAAGCUAGUUCCGAGAACUUCAUACUAGCUAUGAGUUUAAUUGGUACUUCAUCUUUGAUUCUGGUUGGUAUUGGUGUAGUUAUCGGUCUAACAGUUUGCCGUAAAAGAAGAAUGGCACCCUCACGGGAAGGUCCAGACGACUUUACAACACCGACUUAUGUUGCGGCUCAAAGAGUCGAACCGAGGGUCAGAUAUGGUACCAAUACUAGGCGAUCCCAAAGGACCAGUCUGUACAUAGAAGAAAAUAGGAAUGACCCAGACCUGCUGCAACAAAUUGAGACCGAAAUUCAAAGCUAAUUUUCCACGGCUGGUUUUUAAAACGCACAUUGUACCUUCUUUAAUUUUGCAUAAUCUUCAGUAAUAAGAUUAGGACAAUACUUUAUUUAUGUUUCGAAUGAGUAGGAAAUGCACGCUAAAAGUGCAGAUAUGUACCUAACUAGACUAAGAUUAAGUAAUGCUAAAAUUCACGUGCAUAUGUAUAUUGCUCAUUACGUAAUCAGAGGUCUUCUGCAUCAGACAUCUGAAUUAGGAAUAUGAUUUAUAAGUUGCAAAUCAACGAUUGACAUUUUAUUAUAUAUCAAACGUUCAGAUUCAUUUAUUGUUUUUAAUUCUAAAAAAAUGUAUAGGGCAUUUGUGAAAUAUGUGUGCGUCCACAUGAAAAAGACCCUUAUGAUUGGUAUGGAGUUGGUUUUAGGGCCAUAUAGCCGAAUAAAUUUCUGGCAUUUCAGGCUAAAAAAUCUCUAUAGGUUGAAAAACGAGUGAUAAGAGAAUUUUUGAAGUUAGAAUUUCGAAAUAUUGCUUUUCGAGAAAAACGCAUCUAAAGGUGCCAAAUGGUACAAGAGGAGCUGUGAUCAUUUUUCCUCGAACAAGAAAUACAUCUAUUUCUCAUUGCUUUUGGGAUAUGAGAAUAUUGCCAAUAGAUACAUUGUAGGGCCGAGUAUGAUCAUCGAUUUAUAUAAGGUCCUUUUUUAAGUGGACACUCACAUGUAUAGUUACCUAAUAAAUUGAUAUUUAAAUUCAGUAUUGCCGUAAAUCACAGGCUAUUGAAAACUUAUCACUAUGAUUGCGGAUUCAACAAUGCCAAGAAUGAUCCGAAAGUUCCCAUUUGGAUUCUUGUUCGUAGGAAUACCAAUAAAUACUUUAGGUGAUAUUCUAAUUUAGCAGGAUGUCUUCUAAAAACAACAUUGUACAGUUUUUUAUAGGGCUUGCAGGAUAUGAUCUUGAAAGCAUACUUCCAUAGAUAUUAAGUUAUGAUAAAUAUAUUAACAUAUUAAGUUGUUUUCUAAAAGGUAAAUUUGUCCGUCGUAGAUUUUAAGGAAAAACAACAAUCAUUACCUCGCUCUAGGAUAUAAUCAGAAUAGUUUUUUAAUGUAUGCAAUAUAAACACAGAAUGUUAAUCUGUAAUUCAAAAAUUGUAACAAUACACGAACUAUAAGAAAUAAGAACAUGGUUGGAAGGCAAAAGAACAUAUUUUAUUUGGGCUAUUCAAAAAUGACGCAACAAAGUUUGCCGUCAAAUUUUAACCCUA